ACACAUAUAGAAGGAACGUUUACAUUUAUGUUUUCGCAUUUAGCAUCCAUCAUAUACAGUUGUAUGGGCUUUCAGCGUGUUUUAUAGAUGACAUUCCAUAACAAAGAGAAACCAGACACAGGGUCUGCUUCUCAUCUCGACACAUCUAUAAAUCACCAGCCACCACCAUCACCGCGUUUCUCUCUCGCGCGCGCCUAUGUGUCCAGCUUUGGAAAAACGCUGGCAUAAUAUCAAUAGAGAUCAUCUGGGGUAGGUGAACCACUCGUGUACAACACACGAUUACUUUGCAAAGAGGUCACGAAAAAUAUCAAAAUUCAGAUAAACACAGGACGAACUGAUACAGACGGUGACAGCACACUUGUGCUGACUUUAUUCAGCGCAUAGUGGCAUCUCAAUAAGCUACGCGAGCGCUGGAGAGAAGAGGGAUCGCGUGAAGAAAGAGUGCACCUGUGCGACGUCACUCCGCCCUACUUUACUCACUGAACUCAGAGAGUUCACGUUUACUUCCUCAAUCACUGAACAAAGUAGACGGCUCAGAGAAACGUCGCUUUCUUCGCAGGAGAGGUUGUGUCUGAGGGGUUGCCAUGGCCCCUUUCUUGAGAAUUGCGUUUAAUGCCUUUGAACUUGGCACAUUCUCUCCAAUGGCUGAGGCACCUUUCUGUGCUGUCAAAAUAAAGGAAGCUUUUAGCACUGAGCGAGGGAAAACGUUGAUCCAAAAGAAGCCCACCAUGUUUCCUGCCUGGCUAUCCAGUUUUGAUGCUCAUAUUUAUGAGGGACGUGUCAUACAAGUACUGCUCAUGAAAACUGCAGAGGAACCAUUAGCUGAAGUCACAGUGGGUGUGUCCGUAUUGGCAGAACGCUGCAAGAAAGCUAAUGGACGUGCCGAAUUUUGGGUUGAUUUGCAACCUUCAGGGAAGGUUAUGAUGUCUGUACAGUUAUUUUUGGAGGAUUCAGAUACAGAGUGUCGUCGGUCAGUAAUGUUGGAGGAGGAGGCACCUACUCUUAAUCGUCGUCGUGGAGCUAUUAAACAGGCUAAGAUUCACAUAAUCAAGAACCAUGAGUUUAUCGCCACCUUCUUCAGACAGCCCACUUUUUGCUCUGUUUGCAGAGAUUUUGUUUGGGGUCUCAAUAAGCAAGGUUACAAGUGCCGACAAUGCAAUGCGGCCAUCCACAAGAAGUGUAUUGAUAAAAUUAUUGGAAGGUGCACAGGCACGGCAGCCAAUAGUCGAGACACUAUGUUCCAGAAGGAGCGUUUUAAGAUUGACAUGCCACAUCGCUUUAAAAACUACAACUACAUGAGUCCCACCUUUUGUGACCAUUGUGGCAGUCUGCUGUGGGGUCUUGUCAAACAGGGCCUUAAAUGUGAGGACUGUUCCAUGAAUGUCCAUCACAAGUGUCAGACUAAGGUGGCCAACCUUUGUGGCAUUAACCAGAAACUACUGGCAGAGGCUCUUACUCAAGUUAGUCAGAAAUCCACCAAAAGACCUGAAGAGAGACCCAACGCCCAGGAUGUUGGCGUUUACCAAGAUUUUAGCAAAAGCCCCGGACCUAAUGAUAAUGGGGCUCCUUAUGCGCGUCUAUGGGAGGGUUCGAGUCCUCGCCCCCCUUCUCGAAUCACUCAUCAAACACGUAUCACUGCUGAGCAGUUCACUUUCCAUAAAGUACUGGGCAAGGGAAGCUUUGGCAAGGUGUUGUUGGCUGAGCUAAAAGGCACUGGAGAAUGGUUUGCAGUGAAGGCGUUGAAGAAAGACGUGGUGUUGAUAGAUGAUGAUGUGGAGUGCACCAUGGUGGAGAAACGUGUGCUGGCUCUUGCUUGGGACAAUCCGUUCCUUACACACCUAUACUCCACUUUUCAAAGCAAGGAACACUUGUUCUUUGUGAUGGAGUAUCUGAAUGGAGGAGACCUAAUGUUUCAUAUUCAAGAAAAAGGACGCUUUGAACUUAACAGAGCCACGUUCUAUGCAGCUGAAAUAGUGUGUGGCCUGCAGUUCCUCCAUUCCAAAGGCGUUAUUUACAGGGAUAUUAAGCUGGAUAAUGUGAUGUUAGAUGGUGAAGGUCACAUAAAAAUAGCUGAUUUUGGAAUGUGCAAGGAGAAUGUGUUUGGGGAAAAUCGGGCCACAACUUUCUGUGGAACUCCAGAUUAUAUCGCACCUGAGAUUCUGUUAGGCCAGCAGUACUCGUUCUCAGUAGACUGGUGGUCAUUUGGUGUGCUGGUGUAUGAGAUGCUCAUUGGUCAGUCUCCAUUCCACGGUGAUGAUGAGGAUGAGCUGUUUGAAUCGAUCAGAAUGGACACACCCAAUUACCCCCGCUGGAUCACAGUGGAUACCAGAGACAUGUUAGAAAGGUUGUUUGAGCGUAACCCGUCACGCCGUUUAGGGAUUGUAGGUAAUAUCCGAGCUCACCUAUUCUUCAAGACUAUCAAUUGGUCUGCUUUGGAAAGGAGAGAAGUUGAGCCCCCCUUCAAGCCAAAAGUGAAAUCUCCAAAUGACUGCAGUAAUUUUGACCGGGAGUUUUUGAGUGAGAAACCCCGCCUGUCACACUGCGAGAAAGGCCUGAUUGAUUCCAUGGACCAGAGCGCUUUUGCCGGCUUCUCGUUCAUUAAUCCGAAAAUGGAGCAUCUCCUGCAAAAGUGACAAAUUCACAAUUGCUGUGAUCAGGAAGAAAAAGAUCUAUAAUGUACAUGGGAUCAUAGUAUUCAGCUUGUAUAAACCAACUAUGAGCACUUUCACAAAUUCUUCCUUUAAAGGGAUAGUAAAACUUCUGUCUCACCCUCAUGUUUUUCCAGGUGUAAGGAAAAAAUAUACUUUCAUUGCAUCUUUUUUCCAUUAUAUUUUGCCAGAACAUAUACUUUUUGUGUUUCAUGAAAUUAAGAAAGUCAUAAGGGUUUGGAACAACAUGAGGGUAGGUAAAUGAUGACAUAAUUAUUCCUUUAAUAGAACUCAAAUCUUACUAAAGGAGACAUGAAAUCCUGACAGUCCUCUUCUAAAGGUCCUUCUAAAGUCCUCUUUUAAAUACAUUAUUGCAGUCGUGUUUGAUUUAGGGUGUCCAAAAAUCUCAAUACAACUUUUAACUUGUCCUUGCAAAGUUAAAGUGUUUGAAAAUAACUGCUGGAUUAGUACAAACUUGACAGUUAAGACUGCAGGGAGAGUGCUAUUGGUUCAGUUAGGGUGAAAAAGCAGUUCAAAGAAAUGUACAAAAAAAAAUGUAUAAAUGGUUCAGAGAUUAUAUACUGAUAUGAUAUGAUUGAUAUGAAUUUAAAGGUGCAUGCUACAGUCAUAUUUGUGUUGUACCUUUCUGCUAUGAUGUGUGUGUGUGUGUGUGCGUGAGUGUGUGUGAGUGUGUGUGUGUGUGUGCGCGCGCGUGCGCUGUAUUAAAUAUGUUUGCACAAAGAAUCAACCACAAUGUGUUUAGUAUUUGCUUUUUAAAGUGUUAGAUGAAUAUUAGUUUGAAAAAAGUCUAUAUCUGGUACAGCAAUAUAGCUGUCUUAGCUUUGUGUUUGAUGUUUUAGUGUGUACGCCAUUGCUGCAUUUGAGAUGUUUUAUAAAAUGUAUGUAUUAAGAGCAGAUGAUCAACAACAUUCUCUGUCUUAGAAUGAUAAAAGUCACAGGGUCCAAUAAAUAUUUUGAGGCUGAGAAAACUGACGUGGACUAUAAUUUGUAUUUUCACUUAAUUUUAGAUCACUUUGGUCUCACUCUCCAUUUGGUUUACUCUAAUAAUGUUAUACCUAGAUUAGAACCUGGAUGAAAUUCUACUAUCUAUUUAUUAAAUUAGUUUUGAUUUGAAUGACAGUUUUGCUUUGUGAGGGCAAUACAGCAGUUUGUCAAUGUUACAAUUGUAUCCUUAAGGAUUGUUGUACAGUAACAUUUAAUGCAUGAAUAUAUAUUACUCUAUAUAAUAAAUGAAACACU